CGCAGCUAUGCAGGAAGAGCGCCUGCGCGGGUUCUCAGGCCCGCCGCGCCCCCAGGCGGUUGCGGUAGCCCUCAGCGCCCUCCGCAGUCCCUUUGCCCAACGCAUCUCGGCUGGAGGAGCCGGCGACAGACCAGGUCGUUGAGUGGUUCCCGCAGGCCCUGAACCAGCCAUGCUGCGCUGGCUGAGGGGCUUCGUGCUGCCCCAGGCGGUCUGCCAGAGUGACGAUGACUACCUCCGGUACCAGAUCCUCUUUGAAGACUUGGACCACAAUGGAGAUGGCGUGCUGGACAUCCAGGAGCUCCAGGAGGGGCUGAAAAACUGGAACUCCUCCUUUGACAUCAAUUCAGAGAGGGUGUAUUCCCAGAAAUGGAAGCUGGCUCAUAUGACGAUUCUUAGUGCUGGAGAUACCAAUGCUGACUCAGGGUUGGACUUUCAAGAAUUUAUGCAGUAUCUUCAAGACCAUGAGAAAAAAAUGAAGCUGGCAUUCAGUAGUCUGGAUAGAAAUAAGGAUGGAGUAAUAGAUGCUUCAGAAGUAAUUGCUGCCGUGAAAUCAUUGGGUGUAGAUAUUUCCGAAGCUCAGGCAAACAGCAUUCUGAGAAGCAUGGAUAGUGAUGGGACAUUGACAAUAGACUGGGAUGAAUGGAGAGACUACUUUUUACUUCAUCCUGCAUCAAAUAUCAAGGAAAUUAUUCGUUUCUGGAAGCGUUCUACUAUAAUUGAUAUCGGAGAGAGUAUAGCUAUUCCAGAUGAAUUUACUGAAAGAGAAAAGCAAUCUGGAGAUUGGUGGAAGCGUUUGGUGGCAGCAGGAAUAUCUAGUGGAGUCACACGGACAUGCACUGCACCUUUGGACCGCUUGAAAAUUAUAAUGCAGGUUCACAGUUUAAAGACAAGCAAAAUGAGACUGAGUAGUGUGUUUGAGCAGAUGAUAAAAGAAGGAGGAAUUCUUUCUCUUUGGCAAGGAAAUGGCAUAAAUGUUUUUAAAAUUGCACCAGAAACAGCACUUAAGAUUGGGGCCUAUGAACAGUAUAAGAAAUGGCUUAGUUUUGAUGGUUCUCGUAUAGGAGUUCUUGAAAGAUUUAUAGCUGGUUCGUUAGCUGGUGCAACUGCCCAGACUUUUAUUUACCCUAUGGAGGUAAUAAAGACCAGACUCAUUGUAGCCAAAAAGGGAGAGUAUACUGGAGUAGUUGAUUGUAUCAGGAAGCUUCUGAAGCAAGGAGGUGUGAAAGUCUUUUUCAAAGGUUAUGUUCCUAACCUGCUGGGCAUCAUACCUUACGCAGGCUUAGAUCUUGCAGUUUAUGAGCUUUUGAAGAAUUAUUGGCUAGAACAUUAUGCAGAAAACUCUGCAAAUCCUGGGAUAGCAAUUUUGCUGGGCUGUAGUACAUUGUCUCAUACUUGUGGGCAGUUAGCAAGCUUCCCUCUGAAUCUUAUUAGAACUCGCAUGCAGGCAGAAGCCCUGGUGGAAAAAGAAACGGUAUCCAUGAGUCAACUCAUUCAAGAAAUAUACAACAAAGAAGGAAAAAGAGGAUUUUUCAGGGGCAUCACUCCUAACAUCAUAAAGGUGCUUCCUGCUGUAGGCAUCGGCUGUGUGGUUUAUGAAAAACUCAAACCAUAUUUUGGAUUAACCUAGAAGUGAAACAUCAAAUUGUUAUCAUUGCCAUAAUCACUAAAUUAUAAUUCCUAACGUAUAAAGAUUAUCUUGUCCUAAAGGAAAGAAAUAUCAAGUAACUUUAAAAAUAUUGUCUCUUUAUCUAUUAGACAAUAUAGAAAUUAAAUAAUAAUUUUGGCAAAAUUCUUAAGUAAUUUUAAAUCUUUAAUAUCUCUUUAUAUUUCCUGCUAUUUUCUGUUGAAUCCUAACUUAAAACUUGUUUUUGAUUGGAUUUGAAUAUACUGUAGAGUAACAUUAUAAAACAUUUGGUUAUAGUAGUUUGUUUUUUUAAUACGGUAUUUUUAAAACUUUUUUUUUUUUUUUGACACAAGGUCUCACUCUGUAGUUCAGGCUGACCUUGAACUCAUGGCUAUUCUCCUGCCUCAGCUUGUAUAGGAUUACAGGCAUGUGCUACCAUGUCCAGCUAAAAAAUCUUUUUUAAAGCUGGAUUUGAAAAGGUUUUAAAUACUAAAAGAAAAAUCAAUGCUUUAAAAAUUGAUAUUACAGUUAAUCACUGGAGUUUAUUUCAUUUUAAGUGAAAUGGAAAGCUAGUUUCCUACCUCCUUUUAUCAUGCUGUGAUGCAAUAGUGACAAUUUAAAAAAUUUUUUCUUGAAAAUUUUAUUUCUCAGUAUAAACAUUGUUCAUAUUGGCUCUUAAUAUUUUCAGUUUGUGUAAGGAAGUUGGCAUUAAGAAAAAGUCAACAUUAGACAAUUUUCUUUUAUCUUCUAGUUGAAACAUUGGGAAAAAAUUAUUAAAAUUAAAUCCAUUAUUUCAUAUUUGUUAAAGCAUGUCUUAAA